AUGGAGAUUCUUCAUUAUCUUGCAACUUUCCCCUACUUCACUUUGACAUUCAUUUUCCAAAUGUUUUAUAUAUUUCCCAUAUGUUCAUGUAUUGCUACUUCAUUUGUGUUUGGAGAUUCUUUGGUCGAUGCUGGGAAUAACAAUUUCUUGUUUACGCUUUCAAAGGCCGACUCUCCUCCAUAUGGCAUAGACUUUAAACCUUCCCAUGGCCAGCCUACUGGAAGAUUCACCAAUGGUCGCACCAUUUCAGAUAUUGUUGGUCAAGCUCUUGGAACAAACUCAUUUCCUCCGCCGUAUUUAGCACCUAAUGUGGAGUCAAAUGCCACACAUAGUGGAAUUAAUUAUGCUUCAGGUGCUUCAGGAAUUUUGGAUGCAACUGGAACUGUUUUUAUAGGAAGAGUGCCAUUAAGAGAACAGAUCAACAAUUUUGAGGAAAGCAGAAGAUACAUUGUGAAUGCAAUGGGAGAGAAAAAUGCAAAGAGAUUUUUAACGAAAGCCAUGUUUUCUGUAACAAUUGGCUCUAACGAUGUCAUUAACUAUUUCCAACCAUCUAUCCCCUUUCUUAGUUAUGAAAAGGUUUCUCCAACCACAUUCCAAGACUUCCUAGUUUCUAACUUGACUAUGAAUCUUCAGAGACUGCAUGGAUUAGGGGCUCGAAAAUUCGUAGUGGUUGGUGUUGGACCUCUUGGCUGCAUUCCAUUUAUUCGUGCUAUCAAACUAAUAUCAGGGGGUAAAUGCUCUGUGGAGGUAAAUACAUUAAUCAGGAGCUACAAUAAAAGACUUAAGGCAGAGUUAAAUCGUCUGAACAAAGACAUGGGACCUAAAGCCAUCUUCUUAUAUGCAAAUUCCUACGAUGUUUUCAGAGACAUUAUACUAAAUUAUAAACAGCAUGGAUUUGAGAAUGGAGAUGCGCCAUGUUGCGGUGGAUAUUUUCCGCCAUUCGUUUGCUACAAAGGGAAAAAUGCAAAUACAAGCUCUGUGAUGUGUGAGAAUAGAGGAAAAUAUGUGUUUUGGGAUGCCUAUCAUCCUACUGAAGCUGCUAAUGUUAUAGUUGCGAAAAAAUUCUUGAAUGGUGAUCCUAGUGUAAUUUCUCCAAUUAACAUUCGUGAGCUUCACCAUUAUGGUUCUAUUGAAUAA